UCUUCGAACCAAUAUUCACCGAACUCUAGCUUACAAGCCGCUCCUUUCUCUCUCUCUCAAUUUCUUCAAAUUUUUGCUCCUCUGUUUUCCUCUCAAAGUUUCUCCAUUUAGGGCUCGAUGUGUGUCCUCUACUUCUCAAUUCUGGUUCAUGUCUGAGAGCAGUUGAUCAAGAAAAAGCGAAGGUGCCUAAAAUUUUUGAACCUGCAAUACCUGUCAGAAUACCUGUCGUUGAAGAAAUAGAUGAAGCAAAAAUGAGAACAAAACUAAGGUCCUCAACUAUAUCGAAGUUCUUUUCUCUGCUGUUGGUAAUACUCAUGAUUGCUUUUGAUGUAUCAAGUACUGAUUCUCCAUUAGCUGAGGUAAAUGAGGUUGAUAGCUCAGAAAAUGAUCUAGAACUAGGGCAGCAUGAGAAAGUUUCUUUAGUUCGCCUAGCAAAGGGGAAUGAAUACUCUGAUAGCUCAGAAAGGGAUCUAGACCAAGGGUGUCUUACAGCUUCAUAUCUUCAGCUUGAGUUGGCCGAAACAACUAUCAGUUUUGAUUCUGUACUUGAGUCAGUGAACCACAUUAAUACUGAAAGCUUAAGCUUUGUGAAAGACGAUUCUGCUUUUGAAGAUGCCCAACCUUUGGAAAUGCUGCAGAGAUCUCCGAUUGAUAGAAAUGGAGGUAAUGUUGGAGCAUUCCAUGUCCUGGGAAUUUCCUCAUCCUCACUUGUCCUGGGUCUGCUAGCUGCUACAGUUCUCCAGAUCUAUCUAAAGAGAAGAAGUGAUAAGAUCACUCUGCAUCCAGUAGAUGAAGUCUCAAAACAUAAUGUUGUCAAAGAGAAAGAAUAUUCCUCUCAAAACUGGCCAACAGAGGUUGAUGUCGCAGGAGAGUACUCUUGUACUUCAGAAAUGAGCUGCAGCUUUCAGAUGAGUUCAACUUAUAGAGAGAAAUACCCCGAAUCAGUAAAUGAUGAAGCUCAGAGCAUAGAGAAGAAACAUAGAAAGAGUAAUAGGAGAGAGUCCCUGGCUGCAUUUGAUGAGUACUCAAUGGGUUCACCUUCUUUUGGAAGUAUCACUACAUACGAGAGGAUUCAUGGCAAGCAUGAAAGUGGAAGGGAAGAAGUCAUCAUCCCGGUAAGGCGCUCAAGCAGAAUUAGAAGUCAUGUCCCUUCUUCAACGUUUAGAUUCUGAAGAUGUUUUGCUUGUUUGCUAGAGCAGAACCAGAAGUCAUGUCACAAGCAUACAACACAAGCGAACAUUUUUUUAGGCAUAGUCAUUCCUACCUAAUACCUUCUGAUGUAAUUGAAGUGAUUCAGACGUAGUGAUUUGUGUUCUUUUUUAUGUUUUACUUAGCUGAUGUCUUUGAUAGUGCAACUUUCUACAUGCUGUUUGUGUAAGUUGGGAAAUUUCUAGUGGUUUGUGCUUAACCCAUUUGGGAAUUUCCAGA